UUCCCCGACUUCCGCACUGUACGCCGAGCUGGGCUGCGUCGGAAGUCCCCUUCGGGGAGAGCGACGCGGAAAUCCGAGAGGCCACUCACUCACCCACUCACCCACUCACUCACCCACUCACCCACUCACCCACCCACCCACCACACGAUGGCGUCAGCCAGCCGCUCCUCCGCCCCCCCCGCCGGCGUCUCUGAGGAGGACCUCUGCUGCCCCAUCUGCCUCUGCACCUUCACCUACCCCGCCACGCUCGCCUGCGGGCACUCCUUCUGCCGCGGCUGCCUGGAAGGCGCCUGGUCGGCCACCGCACGAAGCUGCGGCGACGGCGGCGGCGGCGGCGGCGGCGGCCCCUUUACCUGCCCGCAGUGCCGCGCCGCCUUCCCCAGCCGCCCGGCCCUCAACUGCAACGUGGCGCUGGCCGGACUGGUGGCCCAGCUGGCGCCGGACGGGACGCUGAGGCCGCCGCCGCCGCCGCCGUGCGACUACUGCGAGGGGCCGCCGGCCGUGCCGGCCGUGAGCAGCUGCCUCAAGUGCGAGAUGUCCUUCUGCGGGGAGCACGUCCAGCCGCACCUCGUCAACCCCAGGCUGCGCGGGCACCCGCUGGUGGAUGUCGGCGGUGGUGGUGGUGGCGGCGGUGGCGGUGGUGGUGGCGGUGUCCGCACGGAGGUGGUGCAGGAGGUGGUGAUGGCGGCUGAGGAGGAAGAUCUGGAGAUGGGUGCAGUGGUAGAGCAGGAGGUGUCCGUGAUGAGGAGCGAUGAGGUGGUGAAGAAGCUGGGCGAGGUGGAGGGCUGCCUCAGGCGCUUGGAGGCCGUGGAGAGGGAUGGCCAGGCGCUGAUGAGCGCGUCGCGAGCGCGCUCCCGCGAGGCGUUUGCCCGCGUGCGCUCCGCGCUGGACGAGGAGGAGUCGGAGUCGUCGCUGCGACUCGACGUGGCGUGGGCCCGGAGCCUCUCGCGGGCCGAGGGCGACGCUCAGCGCUGCCGGCGACUCCUGAGGGAGCUGCAGCAGCAGCAGCAGCAGCAGGCGGGAGGGGGGCGUGGCCAGGGAUUGCAGAUUUCCGAGGGGGAGAUGCAAAGGCUCCAGGCUCUGCUGUGCGAGCCGCUCCCCGACCCGCGGCCCCUCGGCCUGAGCCCUCUGGAGGAGUUGGAGGGCUCCGUGCUGCUGCUGCAGGCCGUGCUGUUCGACUGCUCCCCGACGUUGGACCUGGCCACCGUUUCCCCGCCGCUCUCCGCGUCGCCCGACCUCCGCCGCCUCACCCACAACGCCGCCGCCACCGCCGCCACCACCACCACCGCCGCCGCCACCACCGCCACCACCGCCACCACCGCCACAGCUCCGCCGGCGGCCCUCUGCUGCCAGCGCCUCUCGUCGGAGCUCAGCUGCUGGCUGGUGGACGUCUCGGGCAGCGAGGACUGCGCCCUGGGGGCGGCCUACGGCGACCGCGGCCACGCCGACCGCCGGUGCACCCCCCUGGGCGCCGACGCCGGCUCCUGGGCGCUGAGGAAGCGCGGGGGGCGCCUCACGGCGCUGCACGCCGGGGCCGAGACGCCGGCGGGGGGUCGCGGCGACGAGGAGGAGGAGGAGGAGGUGGCGGUGCGCCUGGCCUGGCACGAGGGGCUGCUCGCGUUCUACUGCGGCGACUCUGGGAGGCUGCUGCACCGCUUCCACCACCGGUUCACGCAGCCGCUGCGCCCGGCGCUCGCCGUGCGCCAGGGCACCGUGAGCAUCGCGGGGCGCCGGUGA